CGACAGUGUAGAAAUCGACGAUUGGAUUUCUCAACUGAAAUCGUUUCAUCGCCACCACCCCAUUAAUCCAUCUCUGGGCCAUGAAUUCUCCUUUAAAGGCUUUCGUUUGCCUUUCUGAAUCUCAUUCUAUUUAUAUCGGGUCAUUUUAGAAAGGAUUUUAUACUCUCAAAAAUCUCAAACACGAUGAAUUCCAAUAGCAAGACCUCCAUAUCCGGCGAUCUUAUCUCCACGAAGUUGAUCAACUCCGCCAGCGAGCCUGUGAACCGUUCGUCUGAAACCGUCGGACUCUUCUGCCGUAGCUAGACCAAAAAGAGGCAUAACUGGUGUCUCCUCCGCCAACGCAACGAUUAUCUGUGUGUUCUCCCUUGAUUCCGUUUAAGAAUAUGCUAAGAAAGUGCUAUGAAUUCUUAAACCAAGAAGUAAACCUUACUAACAAAGAGUUUGUACUUUAAACUUUGUCUUCCAUUAUUGUCUUAGUUGACGCUGUUCAUGCUGGUGCUGCUUUGCAUUGCUGGCCUUCACCAUCCUCAGCUGUUGCUGAGAUAAGCCGUGUUCUUAGACCUGGAGGAGUAUUUGUUGCCCCCACGUUCAUCUAUGAUGGCCAUUCAGUUUAUUUCCAUUCUUGAAGAAGAGAGGAUCAAAAGUGCUAGAGGAAGAGAGAAGAGCUCUGAUGAGAUCUUUGUCUGUGAAAGAGUCUGCACUUCCAAAAGAAUUAUGAAAAAAGAUGGAGCUUUCUCUAAAGAUCCUAUUCCGGACACUUGUGUUACUGUCUGUGGUGUAUCUGAGCUUGACGCUUGCUCUGAUGCUUGUGCUCGAACUGUCUGUGUGAAUCAGCAUCAGGUUGCUAAUUGGAAUGAUAUUUGUCUGAGGAGGUGUCUGAGUGAGUAUCUUAAACUCUCUUCUUCUUCUCGCUCUUCUUAA